CUCAGGCUGGCGUAUUCGAUUGGGUGAAGCCUUUGCGGUCGUAUCAGUGGUACUUUUCAGUGCGGUGAAAACGGAAGUGCAGCGAAAACGCGGAUUCAGCAUGAUUGCGAAUAGGUCAACCCGCCGUCUCGUGGUCAACGUGGGGCUGCUGGCGGUACUUUGUGCGGUGCUGCUUCCGGUUCCGGAAGCAGCCGCGCAGGUUACUUUUUCCCGUGAUUGGAAUGCGGGAAAGCGCUCUGAGCCGAUCGGAGCUGGCGGCGAUUGUGCUGCCAUCUGGCGCUCUGUGAACAAUCUAUGUGCGGUGGUUACGAAAAACAUCCAACACUUAACGCUCUGCGAGACCCGUUCUCUGCUGAAAUCGCUACAAACGGAUGACGCUUCGAUGGAGCGGGACAACAGCGGGACCAAUUUACCAAUGUUCACCAACAGCCAUAUCUAAGUCGGGCAAUCGAAGCCACUCAUCAGCUGUAUCGGCAAACGGAAUCAGUGUAACAAGUGAAAUCAUGCCAGACCAGCAGUAGCGAGAUGCCUCUAACUGAAUGUAUCCGAAAAAACCGUGUAGUGAUCAGAACCCUCCUUCGUUUUUAGUGAACCUUUCCCAGAAACCCCGGAAUGUUGUAGCCUGCCGAUCCGAAACAUAAGCGUAAACUCUGUAAGCCACCCAAAAGCUGUCCACCGCACAGGUGCCCCAAAGGUGUAAGCAAAAAUAAAGCAGCAGUAGCAUUGAAGGUGCUAAGAAAAUGCAUCAAACCGUGCAAUUUAACUAAGGAAGAAUGAAAUAAAGGAGCUCUGCGAUGUA